AUGAUGAACGACCUGACCCCCGAGCUAGGCAGGAGGAGACGAGCGGCUUGGGGAGCGUACAAGAGCAUCGAGGAUGUAGUGAAGAAGACCAGGAACACCCGGCUUCGUGCUCACCUCUUCAACAUCACCAUACUUCCUGCUUUGAUCUAUGCUUCGGAAACCUGGGCAUUUCGCAAGCAGGAAGAAAACGCGCGCACUACAGGAAGACCGCCGACCCGAUGGUCAGAUUUCUUCACGAAGUCCUUCAAGGAAAAUUAUGAUGCUCUUCGUGUCCCACGCGAAAGGAGGAACCACUGGGCUACUCUGACACGCGAUCAGGACAAAUGGAAGAAUUACUGA